AUGCCGAGCAAAAGGCUGAAGUCCGAGGCGUCUAUCUCCUUCUCCAAAGUUGAUCUCGAAGGUAUAAGUUUUCCUCACGAUGAUGCUUUGGUGGUACAGAUGGAAAUCGCGAAGAGACCCGUUCAUCGGGUAUUGGUCGACACGGGGGCAUCAGUGGAUCUUAUGUCUCUCGAUGUGUAUCGACAAUUUGGCUUCAGAGAUGAUGCACUCAAGCCUGAAGGAACCUCCCUCCAUGGAUUCUCAGGGGCAGCCACCACGAUCAAAGGGUUGAUAGACCUACUGGAUGAGCUCAUUGAGAGGCGUGGAAGGCCAGUAGAAGACCUCAUCCCAUUCUCCCUUAGUGAUGAAGAUCCAACGAAGACAGUACAGCUCGGAUCAUUGUUGGGCAAAGAAUAA